AGGCACGGUCUACAGAGGCCCAGGAGCCGUGUCGGACAGCACUGAGCCCACCAGGCCCAGACUCACCUAUAGCAGGAGAUCCCCACUUCCCUGUGCCGAUAGCAUCUGCCCUUUGAAGUCUCCCAUCUCCCCAAUGCAGGCCUUGGCCUUUCUCAUUUUUAUCCGAGGUGCCAGAAGAGCAGCAAAAUCAGGCCCAGCUCCCAGUUCCCUCUCCCCAGUCGUCUCCAGGUGUCCCCUCCCACCAGCACACAGGAAAAGGGCCACAUGGCCUGGCAAGCCCCACACCCACGGCUGCUACUGCUGAUGCUGCUGUUCCCAGGCUCUCAGGCACAAUCCAAGGCUCAGGUCCUUCACAAAGAGGCAGGGCAGACGCUGACGGUGAGAUGUCGGUACCCUUCCACCAGCAGGUCCUACGAGACGAAAGGCUGGUGUAAGGAGGCAUCAGCAAUCAAGUGCAUCAGGUUAGUCACCAGCUCCAAGCCCAGGACGCUCACUUCGAUCUCUCGAUUCUCAAUCUGGGAUGACCCUGAUGCUGGCUUCUUCACUGUCAUCAUGACUGAUCUGAGAGAGGAAGACUCAGGACACUACUGGUGUAGAAUCUACCGCCCUUCUGACAACUCUGUCUCUAAGUCCGUCAGAUUCUAUCUGGUGGUGUCUCCAGCCUCUGCCUCCACACGGACCACCUGGGCUCCCCGCAACCUGGUCUCUUCACAGACCCAGACCCAGAGCUGUGUGCUUCCCACUAAAGGAGCCAGAGAAGCCCCUGAGUCUCCAUCUACCAUCGCUGUCCCUUCACACCCAUCCUCUCCCUUUCUUGUCCCUUCACCUUCCAGGCCACAGAACUCCACGCUCCGCCCUGGCCCUGCAGCCCCCAGCACCCUCCUCCCUGUGCUCUGCGGACUCCUCGGAGCCAAGAGCCUGGUGCUGUCGGCCCUGCUCGUCUGGUGGGUCUUAAGGAAUCGGCAAAUGCCGCAUCAAGGGAGAUCUCUGCUGCACCCAGCUCAGCACAGUCCCCAGGCCCAUAGAUGCUUCCCACUGAGCCACAGGACCCCAGCAGGGACAAGUGGUGGAAAACCCUGAUGGAGCUCAGGAGCCUGGAUACUGAAAAAGCCACCUGCCACCUUCAACAGGUCAUGGACCUUUCCUGGACCUAAGUUUCCUCACCUGUAGAAGGAGAAACAUCAUACCACAUUCUUGCAAGGACCAAGAUUAGCAAUGCUGAUGAACGCACUUCAUAGAUAAUAAAAUUAUCUGAAUGUUUUA